GUGACGCGGUUCCGGUGCACUCUCCUGCAAAGGGAAGUGUCCUCCAUGGUGUCAUUGUAGCUUUCUCGAGGUUGAACCUUCAGAAAAAAGAAAACUAAAGAAAUGUCUGGGUACACACCAGACGAGAAGCUCCGUGUGGAGCAGCUCACGAAGCUCCGGAGACAGUGGCUGAAGGACCAGGAGCUCAGCCCGAGGGAGCCCGUGCUGCCGGCUAAAGCCCCCGGUGCUGUCGCCAAGUUCUGGGCUGGUUUUCUGGAGCCCAAGAGCCUGUGGAGACUUUACACCUACAAAGCAUACAGAGGUGGAGUUUUCACAUUAACACGGCUGUUGAUACCUGCUUGGAUUGUUCACUACUACGUGAAAUACCACGUCGCUAAAAAGCCAUAUGCCAUCGUGGAACUGAAACCCAGGCUGUUCCCAGGUGACACCAUUCUGGAGACGGGUGAAGUUGUUCCAGGUCUCCCCGAGUCCCACGGUCAUCACUGAAGUUGAAACAUUUCAACCAUUUUUUUCCUGUUGUAAAAACUGUGUAUAUGGAUCCAAUAAAAUAUUACAAAGUCAAA